AUGCGGGAAGAGGAAUAUCAAAGAUUUUUAGACGAUCAAACGUACUUGCUAUACCCACUGAUCUUUCAAGAGUAUCUUUAUACCCUUGCUCAUGUUCAUAGUUUCAGUUCUAACAAUAAAUUGAGUUUCCUAAUUGUAAAACGUUUAAUUACUCGAAUGUAUCAACAGAGGCAUUUGAUUCUUUCUGAUAAUAAUUAUAAACAAAAUCAUUUAUAUAUAUACAACUACAUGAUUUAUUAUCAAAUAAUAUCCGAGGGGUUUGCACUCAUUGGGGAAGUUGCAUUUUCGCCACGAUUUGUGUUUUCUUUAGAAAAUUCAGAAAUAUUGAAAGUUCAGAAUUUACGAUCCAUUCUUUCAAUAUUUCCUUUUUUAGAGGAUCAAUUUCCAUAUUUAAAUUAUCUAUCCGGUGGCUUACUACCCUACCCCAUUCAUCUAGAAAAAGUGGUUCAAACCCUUCGGUACUGGCUGAAAGAUCCUUCUUCUUUGCAUUUAUUACGACUCUUUCUUCACGAGUCUUGGAAUUGGAAUAGUCCUUUUUUUCCAAAGCAAAAAAGUGCUUUUUUUCAAAAAAGAAAAAGAAUAAAAACGAAUCUAAGAUUCGUUCUAUUUUUAUCUAAUUCUCUUGUAUAUGAAUAUGAAUCCAUUUUAUUUUUUCUUCGUAGCCAAUUCUUGCAUUUACGAUCCAACCAUUUUCGGGUUCUUUUUGAGCGAAUCUAUUUCUAUGGAAAAGUAGAUAAUUUUACAGAAGUUUUUGCUAAGAAGUUUAGAUACGUUUUUGCUAAUAGUUUUCAAGUUAAUAUACAGUUGUUCAAGGACCCUCACAUGCAUUAUGUUCGGUUUAAAAGACAAUUCUUUUUUGCUUUAAGGAGUACGCCACUUAUAAUGAAAAAGUGGAAAUACUACUUUGUUAAUUUAUUUCAAUGUCAUUUUUUUGUGUGGGUUCAACCAAAAAAGAUCUAUAUAUAUCUAGUAGAUGAGUCUUCUCUCGACUUUUUGGGUUAUCUUGUAAAUGUAGAAUUCACUCCUUCAGCGAUACGAAGUCAAAUGCUAGAACAUUCAUUUCUAACAGAGAAUACGAUGAAGAAACUGGAUACAAUAGUUCCACUUAAUCCUUUGAUUCAAGCCUUGACAAAAAUGAAUUUUUGUAAUAAAAUAGGACAUCCUCUUAGUAAACCGCCCUGGGCCGAUCCAUCGGAUUCGGAUCUUAUUGACCGAUUUUUUUGUAUAUGCGGAGACCUUUCUCAGUAUUUUAGUGGAUCCUCAGACAAAAAGAGUUUGUAUCGAAUAAAAUAUAUACUUCGAUUUUCUUGUCUGAAAACCUUUGCUCAUAAACACAAAACCAAUCUACACACUUUAGCGAGACAACUAGGUUCGGAUUUUUGGGAACCUUUUUUUACAGAAGAACCGGUUGUUUUACCUUUUGAGAUCCUACAAGGUCCUUCACCUACACAUCUUGCUCGAGAGUUAGAAAAGUUAGAUACAGAUCGGCUUUGGUUUUUGAAUAUCAAAUUGGUAUUUGGAUAUUUAAAUGUUGAUAUUUAA